CUCUCCCCACCUUUCCCCGGCUGCUGGGGCAGGAUCCGGCCUUUGCACCUGUGCAGCAGCAGGACAGAGAGCAGCCUCUCUUCACGGCAAGUGAACAAAGGGAUCUUUUCACAGAUGGAAGCGACUCAAUAGAAGGGGCAGGAGAUGGAAGAGCAGGACCCAGAAGGACCUGGAACUGGCAAGAGGGCAAGCAAAGGCCCCUUUCUCCUCCACGCUGGGAAUGGUGUUGAAUUCUGGGAAAGGGCUGGGACAGAGAUUCCACCUAAAGACACCGUGACCUCAGAUGUGCAUUGUCAACAGUUCCAGCAGUUCCUCUACCACGAGUCCGAUGGGCCUCGAGAGGUUUGCAGCCAGCUCCAUGGACUUUGCAGCCAGUGGCUGAAGCCGGAGAGGCACACCAAGAAGCAGAUCCUGGACCAGGUGAUCCUGGAGCAGUUCCUGACUCUCCUGCCCCAGGAAAUGCAGGGCUGGGUCAGAGGAUGUGGGCCGGAGACCAGUUCCCAGGCGGUGGCCCUGGCCGAAGGUCUCCUCCUGAGUCAGGCAGAGGAGAAGAGGCAGGCAGGACAGAUGUGGGCCCCAUACAGGAAGAAAGAAGCUACAUUCCCUGAGGCGGAAGGAGCUUCUUUGGAGCAAGGGCAGAAGGCGCAGGCUGUGGAGCGUGUCCAAGAUGGUCUUUCCCGUGGUAAAGACUUUUUGUGCCUAGAUAUCAUUGGGGCACUCAGUGAAUUUGUUGCAUAGAGAGUUGUGGCGGGGUGUGUGUGUGGGUGUGUGUUGAAUUUAAACACCUUUUCAUACAGCACAGAAUCUGUGGCACUCAUUGUCCAUUAAUUGUGAUUCCUCUCAAAGGGGAUUAGACAAGUUCAUGGAAGGCAGUUCUUUUUUUUUUCAUGGUUUAAAAAUUUUAUUAACAACAUCAAAAGACAAGAGAACAAAUAAACAACAAAUAAACAACAGAAACAACAAAAACAACAAAUAAACAGCAAAAAGAAAAAGAAA